GUCAGCGCGCAGCUCUCCUCCUCCCCUCUCGGUGCUUUCAGAGCGGAGCGCAUCUUUUUUUCCGGCUCCGUCGGUCUCCGCUCUCCUCGGUGCGUACUGCGGACCUUCAACGGAUACCGACGACAUUCAUCCCGGCAAUCUGCCAGGCAGCUGCUCAGUUCAUGGACUGUCGCGGUUGUGUAAACUGAACGGGGAAAUAGUUUCUCCUUCUCCAAGACUUUGUCAUUGGACACAUCGCUACCUUUACGCGUGAACUUUUACAAGCGUAAAAAUGUUCUUUCACCGCGUGUUCCUCUGUGGGAGCCUCAGGAUGAAGUGGACGGACACGUUGCUUCACUUGGGUCUGUUCCUGCAGCUGGCGGUUCGGGAUGCGACGGAAGCGAUCCACCCAGACUGCGCUCUGGUGGUUCAGCACAUGAAGGCUCAGGAAGAAUGCGACCAGAUCCUCAGGCAAGAGGAGAACAACCACUCUGACAAGACAGGCUGUCCGACAGUUUGGGAUGACAUUCGGUGCUGGCAUCGUGCUGAAUUUGGACAGGUGAUCAGCGUCUCGUGUGCCAACGUCUCCCAGCUGUUUGCUAAUAACCAAGGUUACAUCUAUAGGAACUGCACUGAAGAAGGAUGGUCUGAUCUCUACCCAUCCUAUGAGGAGGCCUGCGAAUUUGCAGAGGAUGAAGAGACAGAACCAGAGACAACAUAUUUCUCCAACUUCAAACAGGUGUACACUGCUGGCUAUGCCACCUCCCUUAUCUCUCUUAUUUCAGCUAUUUUUGUCUUCACUGUCUUCAGGAAGUUUCACUGCACCAGGAAUUACAUCCACAUCAACCUGUUCUUCUCCUUCAUCCUGAGAGCGAGUGCUGUCUUUAUCAAAGACGGAGUCCUUUUUUCUGAUGAAAACCUGGACCACUGCUUCAUGUCUACGACAUCCUGUAAAUCAGCCGUGGCCUUCUUCCAGUUCAGUAUUCUGGCAAACUACUUCUGGCUGCUGGUGGAGGGCAUGUACCUGCAGACGCUGCUUGCUCUCACCUUUGUCUUCCAGAAAAAGUACUUCUGGUGGUACAUACUCAUCGGCUGGGGUCUCCCAACUACAAUCAUAACAGCCUGGAUUCUCACUCGAAGCUUCUACAAUAACACAGGGUGCUGGGAUGACACAGAUGUGGCCUUUGUGUGGUGGAUCAUAAAAGCGCCAAUAACUGCAUCAGUACUGGUGAACUUCAUCAUCUUCAUCAAUGUAAUCCGUAUUCUGGUCCAGAAGCUGAGAUCUCCUGGUGUUGGUGGAAACGAUACCAGUCACUUCAAGAGAUUGGCCAAAUCCACUCUGCUGCUCAUCCCUCUGUUUGGGAUGCACUACAUGGUGUUUGCCAUCCUGCCAGAACAAACAGGAGCAAAGGCCCGAAUCUUCAUAGAGCUUGGUCUGGGAUCUUUUCAGGGAUUUGUUGUGGCCCUGCUCUACUGUUUCCUGAAUGGUGAGGUGCAGGCGGAGCUGAAGAAGAGGUUUUGGAAAUGGCAGACUCAGAGUUACCUGAGCUACAGUAAACGACGGCGCACACUGUUCACUGAAAGCAGCACAGUCACUCAGAUAUCUGUCCUGGACAAAUCCAGCCCCAAAGAUCAGCCGGUCUCAGACACACUCGCGCUCACACACAGCCUCACACCCAACAACGUGUCCGCUGUCUGAGACACAGCGCUGAUAGUCACGUCCUUUACUGAAACAUCUUCAUGGUAUCUGGACAUCGUUCUGAACAGAGACUCAACACCAGAGCCUGUGUUUAAGGUACCUCUUAACUGUGUAUGGUGGGAUUUUUUCAGAGCUUUGUUUAAUGUCUAAACUUACUGUACAGUAGGUCUAACUCAAACAUGAAACUUUCCCCGACAGCGACAUUGGUCAUAGUGUUUCAGAAAGAGAGGUCAUAUCUUUUGUGUGUGCUUUGUGGCUCCUUGUCCACAUCUGACACACACUUAGUUGU